AUAACACAGACACACACCAACACAAGCGAGAGACAAGCAGUCUCAAGCUAGCAACCAAGCAAAAUAGGAGCUAGUAAGCAAAGCAAGAACUAGAUCGAUCUCUGACAGGGAAUGGCCAUGGGAUUGUUAGCGUGGAUGGUGGCAGCGGCCGCGGCGGCGGUGCUGGCGUCGUGGGCGUUCAGCGCGGUGGUGCACCUGGUGUGGAGGCCCCGCGCCAUCAGCAGGCGCCUCCGGGCACAGGGCGUGGGCGGGCCGGGCUACAGGUUCUUCUCCGGCAACCUCGGAGAGAUCAAGAGGUUCCGCGGCGAUGGCGCUGGCGUCGUGCUCAACGUCUCCUCCCAUGACUUCCUCCCCAUUGUACAGCCACAUUUCCGCAAGUGGAUUCCCCUAUAUGGAAGGACAUUCCUGUAUUGGUUCGGAGCACAGCCAAACAUAUGCUUGGCUGACGUGAGCAUGGUGUGGCAGGUAUUGUCAGACCGGACGGGGAUAUACCCCAAGAACCUGACGAACCCUCACUUUGUGCGUCUACUUGGCAAGGGGCUUGUGCUCACUGACGGCGAUGAGUGGAAGCGCCACCGCAAGGUGGUCCACCCGGCCUUUAACAUGGACAAGCUCAAGAUGAUGACGAUGACCAUGUCUGACUGCUCUCGGUCCAUGAUGUCGGAGUGGGAAUCGGAGUUGGCGGCGAAGGGUGGUCUUGUUGAGAUUGAGCUAAGCAGGCGGUUCGAGGAGCUCACUGCCGAUGUGAUCUCGCACACGGCGUUUGGUAGCAGCUACAAGGAGGGGAAGCAGGUCUUCCUGGCACAGAGGGAGCUCCAAUUUCUUGCCUUCUCCACCUUCCUCACUGUUCAAAUUCCAGGGUUUAGCUACCUUCCGACCAUGAAAAACUUCAAGACAUGGUCGCUCGACAAGAAGGUGAGGGGCAUGCUCAUGGACAUCAUCAAGACCCGGCAUGCCAACAAGGAUGUAGCUGGGUAUGGGAAUGACCUACUUGGGUUGAUGCUGGAGGCAUGUGCGCCGGAGCACGGGGAGAGCUGCCCACAACUGAGCAUGGAUGAGAUCAUUGACGAGUGCAAGACCUUCUUUUUUGCAGGGCAUGACACCACAUCACACUUGCUCACCUGGACCAUGUUCCUGCUGAGCACGCACCCAGAUUGGCAGGAGAAAUUAAGGGAGGAGAUUGCAAUGGAGUGUGGUGACAAGGUGCCCACUGGUGACAUGCUCAACAAGCUAAAGAUGGUCAACAUGUUCCUCCUAGAGACCCUAAGGCUGUACAGCCCUGUCUCACUCAUACGGAGGAAGGUUGACACUGAUAUUGAGCUCGGCGGCAUCAAGAUGCCUGAGGGUGCACUAUUGACGAUCCCGAUCGCGACAAUUCACCGUGACAAGGAAGUGUGGGGGGAGGAUGCGGAUGAGUUUAGGCCGGAGAGGUUCGAGAAUGGGGUGACGAGGGCAGCGAAGCACCCCAACGCACUACUCUCCUUCUCCAGCGGACCGAGGUCAUGCAUUGGGCAGAACUUUGCAAUGAUCGAGGCCAAGGCUGUCAUUGCCAUGAUCCUACAGAGGUUCUCCUUCACUUUGUCCCCCAAGUACGUCCAUGCACCCACUGAUGUGAUCACGCUGCGUCCCAAGUACGGGCUCCCUAUGAUCCUCAAGAGCCUCAAGCUGUAGGGAGAAAUACGUAAGAAAUAUAUGAAUUGUCCUUUCUCUUCUAUAAGAGUUUGCCACUUCGCUGGUAGGAGUUAUUUAGAACUAAUUGGUUGUACAUGAUACAUCAAUUUUGUUGAUGUUAUUCAGACAAUGUAUUUGUAUAUUUCAUUUUAACAAAAUUUGGAUGUGGAUUUGCUUUUUGAUUGGGUGUAAGAAGUUUUGCUUAUUUAUUGCUCAUCAACCAAGUAGCAAUGUGAUGUAUGUUACGUAUCUAAGGUCAGAAAAAAAGAUCAUACUCAUGGUUGUGUAAUACUCUAAGUCAAUAUGUACUUUGUAUACAUUACUUCUUGAUACUAUAAUGAUCUUUGGAUGCGUAAAAUAUAGUAAUUUGGGAGAA